UUUUUAAAAAUAAAUUCACAUAUAUAGUCAUAACUACGUACUAAAAAUGUUAAUGUAUGUUGUUACUAUAUAAAACGAAUCCAUAAUUGGAGCAGCGAAGUUGCAUUUGGACACGGAGAAAUUAAAUACUGUGAUUAUAUUGGGAAAAGGGGGCCCGCCCUGUUGGCGUUAAAAGGCAGCAAAGCAACAAGGAACGGAACCAAUUAUUGUCUCUUAAUCAGAUUAGAUCUCCAUUUUUGUGCGUUGUGUGUGUGAUGGCUUCGAAACGGAUAUUGAAGGAGCUUAAGGAUCUUCAAAAGGAUCCUCCUACCUCUUGCAGCGCCUGGCCUGUUGGAGAGGACAUGUUUCACUGGCAGGCCACAAUUAUGGGUCCCCCAGACAGCCCUUAUACCGGCGGUGUAUUUUUAGUUACUAUACAUUUUCCUCCUGAUUAUCCAUUCAAACCUCCUAAGGUUGCUUUUAGGACAAAAGUUUUCCAUCCAAAUAUUAACAGUAAUGGCAGUAUAUGCCUUGACAUAUUGAAGGAGCAAUGGAGCCCUGCCUUAACUAUUUCCAAGGUUUUGCUUUCAAUUCGCUCACUUCUGACGGACCCAAACCCUGAUCCCGAGAUUGUGAGGUUUUGCUUUCAAUUCGCUCACUUCUGACGGACCCAAACCCUGAUCCCGAGAUUGCUCACAUGUACAAGACAGACAGGGCCAAAUACGUCUCAACUGCCCGGAGUUGGACCCAGAAGUAUGCCAUGGAGAUAUUACCUAUGAGGGUCUGAAUCCUUGUAAAAAGAAUUCAUGUGUCUGUUCUCUCUACUCUCCCAAUGAACAAGUAUAGAAUAGCAUUAAACAUUGUCCUCUCCAAGAAAAAGGAGAUGCUUUGAAUAUUUUUAUAUGGAUACUAACAUCUGAAGAAAUCUGGGAAGGGUUAUUUAUCUGGAUUAAAGUUACAGCUUUGAUUUCAAUGGUUUGUGUAAAACUUUGACAGGAAAAAGAGGGAUGGAUUUCGACCUUUC